GAAAACCUUGGACUAGAGAUAAGGCCAUCUCAAAAAAUGUAUUUCUAGCAGCUCACACUUGCAGUCCACCAGUCGGGGCGUGAGGCUGUGUCGAGAUCAUGAAAUUCAUACUGUUUCUCACCUUUGUUGGGGUGGCUGUUGCCUUCCCCGUCAACGCUGACGAUGAUGAUGACAAGAUCGUGGGAGGCUACACCUGUGCAGAGAACUCUGUCCCCUACCAGGUGUCCCUGAAUUCUGGGUAUCACUUCUGUGGAGGUUCCCUCAUCAGCAGCCAGUGGGUUGUGUCGGCUGCCCACUGCUACAAGUCGCGCAUCCAAGUGCAGCUCGGGAAACAUAACCUGGAACUCACAGAAUCGACACAGCAGUUGAUCAAUUCAGCUAAAGUCAUCCGCCACCCUCGCUUCAGCUCCAGAACACUGGACAAUGACAUUAUGCUCAUCAAGCUUUCCGUACCAGCCCAGCUCAACCGAGCUGUCCAAACAAUUCCUCUGCCUACCAGCUGUGUGACCACAGGCACCACGUGCCUCAUCUCUGGCUGGGGCAACACACUCAGCAAUGGCAAUUUGUUUCCGGACACCUUGCAGUGCCUGAAGGCUCCCGUACUCUCCGCAAAAGAGUGCAGCGAUGCCUACCCUCGGCAAAUUACCAACAAUAUGAUGUGUGUAGGAUUCCUGGAGGGAGGGAAAGACUCCUGCCAGGGGGAUUCCGGCGGUCCAGUAGUCUGCAAUGGGCAGCUCCAGGGCAUUGUUUCCUGGGGUAUUGGAUGUGCGCAGAGAGGCUAUCCCGGAGUUUACACUAAGGUUUGCAACUACGUCUCCUGGAUCCAAGACACUAUAGCUGCCAACUGAGACGCUCUCUCUCAUUCUAUGAUGUGACCUGUUUCUUCUCCUCAUCAUUUUCUUCCGUUUUGGGACUGGACACACCAAAAUUAUCAAAAAAUAAAGACUUUC